ACGUUGGCUGGUCUCAAUAACGACGAUGUGUUCGUUGAGAAGAAGAAACCAGCACCGAAUUUCUUUCCUGCUAACGAAAAUGAAAAAUACGAUCGUGGUUAUUUGGUUAGUUGUUGAACCCGUUUACUGGAACGUCCAUCCGAUCCACCUUUCUACUAGCACAAUGGACAGUUCGUAA